GCAAUGGCCUCACUUCCUACCAUUGUGGGCCAUCACAAUGAAUCUACCAGAGGAUAAUGUAGAUCCUUUCACAGACCGCGACCUAUGGAGGUCCUCUGCAUUUACUUUCCAGCCGUUGCAGCCGUUGGAACAUCCGCGAUGGGACGACGACCUGCCUGAUCUUGCGCGUGAUGUCUUCCAGAACCCAUUGGGUCUGAUCGAAAAGGACCCAACCACGGUCUUUCAGCUUGACGUUUUUGGGACCAACCCUUAUGCCCUCGAGUCCAUCGUUCAGCGCAAGUUGUCCACUGAAGAGCCUAGUAUUCCUUCAAUCCAGGAAACUGAAGAGAAAGGUUCCUGCAAAGAGGAGGAGCCUGACAACAUAUGGUCUCUGGAUGGUCUUACGGCGGAAGACGUCGCGCAGUCUCAGCUGAAAUCAUGGGACGGGUUUUCCCAGCCAGCCUUCGAGGAACCUGUUUCUGCAUACCUAAGUGAAUCAGGAGCCCAUGGGUUUGAUGCCGCGUUAUCUUAUCAAGCGUCUCUGACUGGGCUGGAGGACUCAGGUCGUCUUGUGCAGUCGGCUAUUUUCUUCCAAUCGCUUUUCCGCCUCGGGCUGGGUUGGAACUCCGUCUUAUUCCGAUAUAAUGAGCAGAAACGGACCUUUGAGAAGGAACUCAGAGACGUGCGAAUCUCUGGCGUCAGUCUUCCUGCAGUUGAUGGAGUGAUCAAGGACAUCUCCCAGUGUGGGACCGAUUUGCAGAGGAUCAGAGCAUUCGUACGCACGAAUCCCGCUGUGUCUGACCAGCCGACUGCUCUGUCGACGCUGGCAGCUGCGACGACGGUCAUUGUGUACAGUCUCGAAAAACAACUCUCCGAGCGUUACGACCAACAGAGGUCGUUGCUUCAGAUUCAAACAUUGUUCCAGCGAUGCGGCGACCUGGUCGGCACUUUGGUCAAUAUCAUAGACGCCGUCGAGAAAGUUAAGACUGAAGGUGAAGUGGUCUCUACUGUGCUGGCCAGAUGUGAUCACUUCUCUCAGCGCUUUGUCUGGAUGGCAGACUUACUACACGAGCUUACCUUCCGUGUCACCCAGCCAUGGCUUAGACUGGUAGAAACGUGGCUCGGGCUACGGGGCGAAGAAAAUGCACUGCCUGAGCUUACAAAGAACGGGUUUAUCGAAGCAGAAUAUUUUGAGGAUCCUACUGGACGAAAGACCGAGCCAAAGAUCGUCGAUUACCUUUAUCAUCCUGAGAUGAUGCCUUCUUUUAUACCAGAGCAGCAAGCACGCCUUAUCUUUGAAAGCGGACGGAGUCUUCGCCUUCUCAAACAGUCGCAUCCCAGGCAUCCAAUUGGCAGGUGUGACAUAUUGCAAGCUACCUCUCCGCCCGCUCUCCAUUGUGCGAUCUCAUUCCAGGACAUUGAAAGAAUCCAGGGGAAGGCUAGUGAUUAUGAGUAUCGGCUGCGCACAGAGAUCCUGAGAUAUAUCAGAGGUGAUUCCGCGCAGAUCAAGUCUUCGUUUCCACAUGGCAAUGAAGAUGGAGAUACGAAUGAAAUUGAGAUGAUCGAUGAUCCAAUCAAGCACACCUUUGAAAUCAUCGAUGUCGACGAUGAGAAACAUGUCACUGGUCUGCUGGCAGACUCUUCGUCUCUAGAAUCGGACAAGCUAUAUACGAUCCUUGCUGGUAGCGAUGGUCUGAAUAUCGAGGAGGCCAUGACUAGUGACAGCCCAUUCGGACCACCACUCAUGUCAGCCUUCCAUCUGUCACUUGCACCCAUCAUAUCAGCCCAGGCGCGGCUCAUUGAUUUCUCCUGUCUCCACCUCCUCUUUAAAGAGCAGAAAAUCAGAUUCCAUCUUCAUCUACAGUGGCGGUUCCAGCUUCUAGGUGAUGGUAUCUUCGGAUCUCGUCUUUCCAAUUCUCUAUUCGAUCCAGAGAUGAAUAGUGGCGAGCGCAGAUCUGGCGUGAUGCGCAGCGGCGUUCACACCGGUUUGCGUCUAGGAAGCCGCGAUACCUGGCCGCCAGCAAGUUCAGAACUGCGUCUCGUCCUCAUGGGCUUACUCACGGAAUGUUAUGCUGCCAGUGAUAAUUCCUCAACUGCAACCACAACACCAGGUACCAUGCCUCGAGGUACCGAAAACGAACUCCCCGGAGGCCUCAGCUUCGCUAUCCGCGACCUAUCCGGCAACGAGCUGUCCAAAUGCAAAGACCCAAACGCCGUCGAAGCCCUUGAUUUUCUCCGUCUGCAAUACAAGCCACCUCCCAUUCUCGAACCGAUCAUUACCCCCCGCAGCCUACGCAAAUACGACCAACUCUUCAAAUACCUCCUCCGCCUACUACGCAUGAUCUCCGUCGUCCGUGGCCUCAUCCGCGACUCGACAGCCCGCACCUCCCUAUCCGGCGACACGCACAACCUCUUCCAAAAAUUCCGCGUCGACGCCCAACACUUCAUCCUCUCCAUCAGCGACUACACCUUCCACAUCGCCGUCGGCAUCCCCUGGCACCGCUUCGAAGCCACCCUCUCGAAAAUCGAACGCUGUCUCGACCGCGGCGAUAUCGACGGCACCAUCGAAACCGCCCACUCCCUCCCUCAUCUCCGCGACUAUCACGAAGACACGCUCGAUCAGAUCCUUUUCGCUCUCUUCCGAACCAAACGCCACGCGCAGGCAGGUCAGCUCCUAGACGAUAUCUGCGGAACGAUCCUUGCGUUCGCGCCACUGUCCAGACUCGAUGGCGAGAACGGAGUCAGACAUCAGAGUGAGAAGGCUGUGUUUCAGCUACAUGUCACCCUGCGGAAGCAAAUUCAUUCCUUCGUGAGCUACUUGCGCGGUUUGGAUGCUAGGAAGGUCUCUUCUAGGUCGGGAGGACUAGGCAGCUCGGGGAUGAUGUUCGCAAGUGGUAGUAGUGGAAAUGGUAAUGACGCGACGAGUGUCUUUGAGCAAUUACUUCUGAAGUUGGAUAUGAAGCAGUACUACUGAUGCGUGGAGAUAAUAGUCGUCUGAGAGGGCACAUUCCGCCUUUUCACUUGUGUAUAUAUUCACACUAUUAUUGUAUCUUAUUGAUCAGAAAGAUCAUUGCGAGUCAACGAAUAGAUAAAAAGCUAG